AUGGCGGCCGAUCCUGUCUCGGCCUCCCCGUGGCCCUCACCGGCCCCCGAGCGUCGCGGCCUCGGGGAUGAGGGGCUUCGCGACUACCCCGGCGGCCCCCGGCCCCGCUCCCGCCCGAGCCCCCACCGUCUGGCCCCCGGCCCCGGGCUGGGCUGCGCUGUCCAACGGCCGCCCGGCCCCCUCCCCCGCACAGGAAGUGUCCGUCCGCGGCCAGGUCCCCCCGCCGGCUCGCGCCGCGGCCUCUCUAGGAGCCGCUGGAGGUGGAAACUCGUUGGCAUUAACCCUGGGCUGGAGGGGCCCGGCCUCGGGGUGGGCAAGGACCUGACACCCCGGAGCCCACCGGGCUACCGGGGCAGUAUGUGUGCCUAUGUUCUAGGUCUCCGUCCCUCCAAAGGCCCGUCUGUCCAUCUCCCUGGCCCCGCGUUGUCGGUGCGUGUGGCCAAGGGCGAGGCGACAAGCGAGACCAACGUCAGCGAGAAGGAGCGACGCUUCCCGGCGCCAGCGGGGGCGGUGUCUCUCUCCCUCCCCUCCCGGGCCUCCGGGUCAGCUCCGGCAGCGCCUCGGGAACCGGGACGGACUACCCUUGGCCUCGCCGAGGUCCUUGAGCCUGGGACCCCCUCCUGGAACUCCGCUCCCCCGCACCUGCGCGCCCGCUCCCGUUCCUCCGGUCCCCACCCCGCUCGGCUCUCCUGAUCCCCCUCCUCCCUCCUAGAGGGCUAGGAUAGUUGCCAAGGAGACAGCCCCGCCCCGGCUCCCAGAGGCACCGCUUCUCCGCGCCUGGAAGCCUGGCGGUUGGCCGAUGGGGCUCGUGCUCUAGCCGCCCCGCCUCCUCCAACCCCGCGGACGGCUGGGCGUUAAUGGUCGCCAGGGAACGCCAGGCGCCUUCCUGAUUGGCCGGGGGAGCUCUGGUCGGGUCCGCCUCCCCUGUCGGCCAGAAGCCCCUGCAGGAGGUAGUGGGAGGGAGGUGUCAGGCGUUUCCCGUCCAGCCGGGCCUGUGCCUUCAAAACUUUUCCCGCCCCUACUUAACCUCUAUUAUGUUUUAUGAAAGGCAGAAGAUCUGAGAACAGACACCCUUCCUCCUCGUCGGCCUCACACCCCUUGCCUCUCCUCUCCACCUUCCCCAGCGCCUGAGUUUAACUCAAUCCCUGGCAGCCUUUGUCCCUGGUUGCUGGAUUUCCUCACAGGGAGGCAGGAUUCCUUCCAGGUGAGGGUGAUACAGAGGAGAAUUGGACUAAGAGAACCAUCUGGCCUUCGAGGCAUCAUCUAACAAUUCUCCAGUCUUGUCUGACUCGAAUGGAGGCUUGCAGAGGAAGGGAACCUGAGAAACACUGCCUCGGGUGCAGCUUUGAAUUGAGGAAGUGAGCCUGGACAGACAACUUAAUAUCAUCCAAUUAUUGUCUUUUUUUCUACGCUUCGUGCUGAAACAAGUUUGGCAGCGUUCUUGACAGUUAAUGAGCCUGAUGCCCCUGUGUGAUGCAGGAGCCAUGGAUCGUGUUUUCUUGUCGCCUACCCAGACAAAUGAAGGAAAGAGAAUGUUUGUGAGGAAGGAUGGCCUCUUCUUCAUGAAAAGGGAUGAGAACAAGAACUUGGAGAAUGCCAAGUGGCAAAAAGUGGAGAGAAACUAUCUAAAGGCUUACAGGCGGGGC